AUGGCUCCCGGAAUGAAAUGGGACGCUGAGGCCGACGCCAAGCUUUUCGGCCUCUUCCUCAAUCUCUUCGACGUCAAGGUAUCUCGUGAGCAGAUGAUGAAGCUCAACGCCGCCAUGGGCCUCGAUCCCAAGUCCCAGGCCAUCUCGCACCGCAUCGGUGCCGCCCGCAAGCGCGCUUCAGACAUCAUAUCCAGCAAUGCCAGCGCUCCCGUCAAGCUCGCACCGCUCACUCCGCGUGGCCCGAAGAGCGGCGGCACCCCCCGUAGCCGGAGCACCAACACGAGCAAGAAGACGAAGCGCGAGCUGUCUGAUGACAGUGACGACAGCGGCUUCGCGUCUCCCACUGCCAACGUCCGUGCCAAGCGAAGCAAGAGCACGCGUGCCACUGCUGGAGCCAAGCGCUCCUACAAGGAGCCCGACACGGACGAGGGUGAGGAAGAAGACGAGCUCGUCGACAAGGAGCGCGCGGUCACGGCUGAAAAGGUCAAGGUCGAGCAGACCGAGGACGUAGAGGGCAACGGCCUGGGCGAACCUCAGGCGAAAAGCUUCUUCGAUGGUGAUGGCGGCCUGGACGAGGCUGAGGAAACCCAGGUGGAGGAGGUCUAA